ACAACUUUUUAGUAGAUAUCUGCUCAUGUAAAAUCAUAAGUUGUAUUAAUACCAUUGUAAAUUACCUUAUUAAAUAAUUGUAUUUAUUAGUGUAUUGAUUCUAAGAUCAUAUUAAGCUAAAAUGGAUUAUAUUGAUUUAAAAAAAUUGAGUGAAAUGUUGAAUCCACCAACUGCAAAUUCUUCGGACAGCGAAGACGAUCUUCCAAAAUCAUCUUUAGUGCAGAUUUGUAAGUCAAAAACAGGAAAAGACACAAAAAUCUUAACAAACGAAUCUAUAAAAAAGACUGAGAAUGAAAAUAAAAAAAAAAUAGAAUUUAUAGAGUCGGAAGAAGAAAAAGCUAAAAACAUAUGGCAAGAAGAAGAGAUCGUAGCUGCUCCAGAAGCGAUUGACGUCAUCUCAGAUACUAGAGUUAGACCUGAAUAUGAUGUCAAGUAUCAACAAUAUGUCGGAACAGAAGAUGCAUUUUUACAAAUGGGUCUAAAGACUCCAUUGACUUCCAGUUGUGAAGCGAUGGUGAUUGAAGUGAAAAUGCCUGGAGACCGUAUGCCCGGCAUUUGUACAGAUAUAACGGACGACGCGGUUGAUAUCCGCAGUCCUAAAUAUAGAUUACACGUGCCUUUUCCACAUAAUGUGCAUAAACAGAUGUCGAAGGCUUUGUGGAAUUCUUCAACCAAUAUUCUUACAGUAACUGUGUUUUUAAAACGUGAAUACGAUGAUAUCAACUUUUGAUAUGUAGCGAUAAAAUGUCUUACUUAUUUAUAAAUAAAUAAUUUAUAAUAUUAUUAUCCAUUGAUAA